CCACCUGCAAACUGUAGCAACAGAAGAAAGCUCCAUACGCACAAUUAUGUAGGAGUCGGAUAGAUGCCUGUACUGAGACAGAAACGUGAAUGUCACUUGUGAAGUGGAUUUGGCUGACACAAACUGGACUACAGAGGACAAAGACCUGUUGAAGCAGUCGAAAUAAGCAGAUCUUUACAGCUGUGUGUGUGAAACUGGGUUUAGAAAUCAUUACUUUGGCGUAAAAAUGUCAGACAGUAGGCCCAAAAUGUGUCCUGCACAGGGAAGUUCAGCAUCAAAACGAAAGAAGAAAACCCCGUGGUUUCAAAAAAAGAUGCAGUAUGUAAAAGUAAAUGGUUACGUAGCAGAUCAACACAAAUGCAACCACUAUGAGGGGGGCUCUCGACCUGAGCAAACGCCACACCAAAAUGGAGCAUUCAGGAAAUGUCCACCACCUACCGCUUCCACACAAAGCAAAGGUUUACCUUAUCAAGCCAGCACAGCCAGUGCCUCACACUGUAGCUCCAGGCCUUCUGCAUCCACACACUGCAUGCCUUCCUUGACUGUCACUGUGUUCAACCAAGACUGCCAUCAAAAGCCAAAGGAACCUGUGAACACAAAAUCCACACCCGCAGGCCCCGGUCCCUCCGUAUCAAGCAGCCAUAAGCCCAUCGCCACACCAGCAGGAAUCCCCUCCAAGUACCUCGCUAUUGACUGUGAGAUGGUGGGUGCAGGACCAAAAGGGAGCAUCAGCCAGCUUGCACGCUGCAGUAUCGUGUCCUAUGACGGAGAUGUGGUCUACGAUAAGUUCAUCAAGCCCUCCAUGCCUAUCACUGACUACCGUACCCGAUGGAGCGGCAUCCGACGCAGUGACCUCUUCAACGCCACGCCGUACUCAGAUGCCAGGAAGGAGAUCCUGAAGCUGCUCAAUGGGAAGGUGGUGAUCGGCCAUGCCAUCCACAAUGACUUCAAGGCCCUCACAUACUCUCACCCCAGCGCCUUGACCAGGGAUACAUCCCGAAUCCCUCUGCUCAACCAGAGGGCCGGCUUUCCUGAGAAUCAGUGUGCUUCGCUGAAGAGACUCAUGAAGGCCAUCUUUAACCGUGACAUCCAGACCGGGAAAAAGGGCCACUCUUCUGUGGAGGAUGCUCGAGCCUCCAUGGAGCUUUACAAAGUGGUGGAAGCGGAGUGGGAGAGGAAACUCACCUGCAAGCCACACACCAGAUAGUGCCAUGUUUGGGUAAACCACAUGGAAAUAAACUGGGUUUAUAGAACAUAUGAGUGACUCACUGAGGGGUUCACUUUCCUGUUGACAACGUGAGUGAAGGAACCAAGAGAAGUAUUCUGGACAAACUUCUACCAGCUGCCUGAAAUUUAAAACUGGACUAUUACCACGGGAGGAGAAGCAUUUGAAUAACUGCUGAAGCAGACGUUUUGCUGUGACCUUUAGUUUCAGACCUUACAUUCUUUCUCAGGGUUUACAAUGUUUAUAAAUGGUGCUCCUGCCACUUGGGGGCAGUCAUGUCUUUCCAGCAACAGAAGUACAUAACUGAGAUAGUUUCUGUAAUCCCGAACACCAAAAACAAUAUUUUCGAGCUUUCACAAUAGAACUGUUUUCAGUCAGACAGCUGUUCAGCGUUCUUUGGACCACAUUCAACCCAGUCAUGUUACAUCACAGUUGUGUAUUUUCAUCAUCCAGCCACUGGUGGUGGAAAAAAAUCUAAUCUGACUAAAAUGCUACUGAAAGAGCUCCGUCAUGUAUCGCUUCAUUAUUUUAAUUUUUAAGUCACAAAUUAAGACAUGAUAUUGUCAUACUGGUUGGUUUUGCUUUUCAGGGCCGUAGCUGGAAUUUCAGAAAAAGUGAAGUUCUACUUUUUAUUGUAUUUUUUUUGAAAGAUGGAAUAACUCCUAAUUAAUAUCUAAUUUUGAGCUAAAUUCAUUCCAAAAUCUGCAAAUCUCCCAAAACAGUGGGGUCAUGACUUGAGGGUUCUCCGCUUGCGGCUACGGCCGUGAUGAUCCUCGUAUUUCUCCUGGCACACCACCGGUGUCCAAUUAACUAUCUGACCUCUUUCCAGUUUCUAAAUCUAGCAAUGUGGAAAGGGAAACUGGUUACUUUCAGAGUUUUUACAUUUUCCUAUGCAACGUCAGACAAAUUCAGUUGUCCACUCGACCUUCAGCUUGGUCCUAAUUUGAGUAAAUCAUCCAUCCAUUAUCUAUACGCAGCUUAAUCCUCAGUCUUCUAGAUCUUCUGGUUAGUGCAGACCACCCUGAAUAAAUCAUUGACACAACAAUUUUGCAGAAUUAGAAUAAUUACUGUUAUAAAGCCAAAAUUAUUAAUAACUUGCAGCUUGUUCACAGAGCACCAGGCAUUUAAUUUUUGCUUUGCAACCCUCAUUCGAUUCCACUGUUUUUGCUAUGUGUCAUCUUCACGUUACACAAUUUUAGAAGUAGGAUAUAGGCAAUACACUCAGUUACCAGCUGAUGUACUUUGUACUGCUCAGCUCUCAGUAUCACAAUCAACAGCACCGCAAACUACAGUCUCAGUAAAACAACUUUUAAAGAUCGAACCUCCACCAAGGUGUCAUUGGCAGGGCUCUUAUGUAGGACUGCAUUAGUUUCAGCAAGGUGUAGGUAAAAAUGUUUUUGAACUGGUGCUGUGUUUUGUGACAAGAGCACUCAUGGAUCAAAGUUGAAAUGUGUAUUUUCUUGUUUCCGACGACUGGAUUCGGAUAAAUCCAGAUGUCUCAGCUGAGUGAAAUGGGAUGUAAACACUUUUCUUUGGUGAUUUUAUUCAAAUUAAUAAUGACUUUUUUGUUGCUUGAAAUUUUAUUUUCUGUUCAGAUUUCCUCUGUGAGUACCAAUCUGUGUAAAGUGAUAAAGGCUGCAUGUAGCUGUCACAUCCAAAACAAACAGGCUAUUGAACUGACUGCAUUAUCACUGUGGCUGAUGUACAGCAAAUUUUGCUUGUUGGCUAUUAGACCUGAUGAUGUGAAAAAAAACAUCCACAUGGCAGCGAGUAUCUAACUUAAAUUUGAUGUUUGGUGCCAUCUGAAAUGCAUCCUCAGAAAAUGUGACUUAUGAAGUUCUUGUAAAACUGAAUUUGUUUGGACAGCAUUUGGUCAGUUUUUAUUUUUGUUUUGUUUUUAAUUAAAAAAAAAGGGUUUCUAGCAACAA